CUUCCUCCACCUUUUCCCUCUCUCUCAUCUACCCCUCUUCCUUCGUACCCCAUCCCUUACUCGCCCCCCUCGUCUGCGGCCCAGGGUCAACCCUUCCUACAUCAUGGCAGGGGAGAAAGGGCCCAACAAACGCAGCGCCAUGGACAUUAAGCGCCUGGCGAGCCUCAUCCAGAGAGGGACCGGCCGCCUGCUGGUGAUCGACAGCAGGACGUUCUCCGAGUACAACGCGUCACACGUGCAGGGCGCGGUCAACGUUUGCUGCUCGAAGCUGGUGAAGAGGCGGCUGCAGCAGGACAAGGUGUCCGUCACCGAGCUGCUGCAACCCAACGGCAAGGUGAAGGUGGAGCUGGGCAGGAAGCAGGAAGUGGUGGUUUAUGACCAGAGCUCCAAAGAGGCAGGGCAUCUGUCCAAAGACGGCUUUGUGCACAUUCUCAUGGGAAAGCUGGAGGGCACCUUCCACAAAGUCUCCCUGCUCACCG